GUUUUGGUAUUCGGAGACUGAUCGCGCGCCAAAGUAUUUCAAAUUGCGCGAGGUGACUGGACAGCAGAAUCGAGGAGUAAAUGCAAGCUUGUUGCAUUUUACAUUGCAACAUCUCCGUCACAGCAUUAAAAGGGGAGACUGCAAUCAGUUGAUGCUGCGGAACUAGAUUGGCAUUCUUUUGUUUCAUUUACUAUUUUUGUCCAGUAGUUAUUUUUUAACUCUAGAAAGUUAAGGGCCUUUUUUAUAAGCUGCAACAUCUAAGGUGGGUUUAACGCUUUUCAUCGGAAAUGAGCGACGACGAACAGGCCAAGCAGUCCAUGGAAUGUGCUGGAUCCAUGUCUUCUGGCAAAAAACCGCCGAGAAUGCCUAAGUGUUCCCGUUGCAGAAACCAUGGUUAUGUGUCACCUUUGAAGGGACAUAAACGAUUUUGUAACUGGAGGGAUUGUCUAUGUCAGAAAUGCAAAUUGAUCGCAGAACGGCAGAGGGUGAUGGCGGCACAGGUGGCACUCCGCAGACAGCAGGCCCAAGAGGAGGAGAUGGGCAUCUGCAGUCCAGUCACCUUGUCCAGCACGGAGGUCAUGGUGAAGAAUGAAGCCACAGGUGACAGGGCUUGCUUCUUCUCCGCAGGGGAAAAGUCUCCCCCUCUCCAAAACAACGAAGCCACAUCACCCUCUGCUACAGGGAACCGCCCCGCCAUGCCGUCCAGUCCCACGUCGGCCAGCAGGGGGCACCCUGAGGGUUCAUCUGAUCUGAUGGUGGACGCAUCCUACUACAACUUCUACCAGCCCUCCCGCUACCCUGCCUACUACAGCAACCUGUACAACUACCAGCAGUACCAGAUGCCCAGCAGCGAGGGUCGCCUGUCGGGCCACAACGUGUCCCCGCAGUACCGGAUGCACUCGUACUACUCCGCGGCCUCCUACCUGAGCCAGGGCCUGGCAGCCCCCGGCUGCGUGCCCCCCAUCUUCACCCUGGAGGACAACGCCUCCUUCCCUGAGCCCAAGGCUGCAAUGUUCGCUCCUGGCAGCGGGCAUGACGCUGGCCUGCCCUGCCUGUCCAUCAACCCCUUGGUCAACUCUGACACCAAGCAGGAGUGCGAGACCAGUUCUGAGUCUGAGGUCUUCGCCGUGAACGUUGUCAUCGAUGGGCCCAGUGAGUGAGGCCUUCCAGGUGACAGCCCCUCCACACCACAGCAGCUAAAUCAAGCUCAAAAUCACUGAUGAUCACCAGCAGCACUGUCAAUGCGAAAGGGUCUGUGGCUUUUCCAUAGCCCCCUGUAUUCUGUAUUUGUUUUCAAGUUUCAUACUUUCAUUCAUUAUUUUUGUGCCAGGUGAAAUAAAUGGAAUUGCAUCAUUAUGGAGUAUAAUGCAUUCAGCAACAUUGACUCUCAAUGCGUUGCAUAACAAUGGCAUUUUAUAGUUUUGCAGAAAUCGCCUUGCUCUAAGACAAUUAAUGAAAUUUGAGUUUAUAAUUUUUUAAGUUAUUAAUAAUCAUAGUUCUGAACAAAGCAAAAUGUCGGUUUUGUCAGUAGCAAUACAACAUUCAUUUUGUAUUCAAAUUGCUCAGCACUGUGAAUAUUCAUUUUGGCACAUUCUCCAUGCAUUUUACAAAGAAGCACGGAAUGCUCAGACUGUGCUACAGUAUGUGUUUGUCAUAUAGUUGUAUCACCCUUAAAUGUAUUAUGAAUUAUUGUAAUGCUCUAAAUAAUAGUGUGCUUAUGUUCAUGUUCAUGUCAGUACAGUAUAUCUGUAGUCUAAAAUUAACAUUUCAUAAUGGAUAACUACACCACUGAAAUUUGUUUUCUCAUCACUCAUAUUUUGUUUUUUUUUUGUUAUUUUGGGAAGUACUGCAUCAGUUCUGUGCAUUUCCAGUUUUAAUUGAAAAGUUCAUCUAAUGUGCAGUAUCAGUUUCAGCAAUUGCCUCCACAUUUCUAAACAAGUUCUUUCUUAAAUAGCUCCUCUCAAAGAGAGCAGUAAUGUUCUAUGAGCUUUGACAAUGUUGUGACCGUUAUGUUAAUGUUUGUGCUUCCUGAGAACAAUAACAGCACAGAGAAAAAAAUGUUUUACUGAGAUUCAUUUUUGAUUACAUGUUAUUAGACUAGUUUUAGUAGUUAUGUUUUAAUGAAAACAGCAAUUGUAUAAUAGUAUAUGCAAGUGUUUAUGGUAACUGCCAAGUUUAUUGGAAUAAAAGUGUUAUUGAUGACCAAAUGUGUCUGUUUUGGGAGUGCAACAGAAAAUAGAAAGAAAAUGUACUUUUAUUUUCUUGCUCUGUGCUUUUAAAACAUCUAUUUGAUUUCACCC